GAAAGAAGCAGUGCCUAAAGCUAACAGGCAGAGGAAGCAGGGCUGAGAAAAAAAAUAUCCCUACUUGCUGAUCCCGAGAGAGUUUGCAAUGGCAAUGCUGUGGAAAUUCAUGAGAAUAGCUAAAUAUUCUAAAACAGCCUUAUCACAGGAAAUAAAGGUAAGAGGAACUCCCACCCAUUCAAGGCAUUCUUCGUCCAGGUCCGUACCUUCUGAUUUUGCUGCCAACGCACUGUCCUCAAAUACUGUGGAACUGCUUGGUAAAGCUUAUCCUCGAGAUGACUACAGUAAUGUUACAGAGAAGAUUCUCUCCAAGGUGGGGAAGAACUUGCACAACAAAAAGCAUCAUCCUUUGUGGCUGAUCAAAGAGCAGGUGAAGGACCACUUUUAUAAGCAAUAUAUGGGACGCUUUGGAACUCCGCUGUUUUCUGUCUAUGAUGGUCUUUCUCCAGUGGUUACAGUACAGCAGAAUUUUGAUAGCUUGCUGAUCCCACGAGACCAUGCCAGCAGAAAGAAAGAGGAUAACUAUUAUUUGAAUCGUGAUCACAUGCUCAGAGCACACACAUCAGCUCAUCAGUGGGACUUGAUACACUCUGGCUUAGACGCCUUUCUGGCUGUGGGAGAUGUUUAUCGCCGUGAUACAAUUGACAACACUCACUACCCAGUCUUUCAUCAGAUGGAAGGAGUUCGGCUCUUCUCCUGUCACGAGUUGUUCUGCAAUGUAAAAGAUGGUGAAGAUUUCCAGUUGUUUGAGCAAGGUCACCGCACCGCGCACAAGCAAGAAUCUCACACCAUGGAGGCAGUGAGGCUGGUGGAGUUCAAUCUGAAGCAAGUGCUCACAAAGCUCAUGACUCACAUCUUUGGUGAUGGACUGCAAGUCAGAUGGGUCGACUGCUACUUCCCGUUUACUCACCCUUCCUUUGAAAUGGAGAUCAACUUCCAAGGAGAAUGGCUGGAGGUCCUGGGCUGUGGGGUCAUGGAGCAACAGCUAGUUAACUCAGCUGGUGCUCAGGAUAAAAUUGGCUGGGCGUUUGGCUUGGGUUUGGAGAGGCUGGCCAUGAUCCUGUACGAUAUACCUGACAUCCGACUGUUCUGGAGUGAAGAUGAACGCUUCUUGAAGCAGUUUAUUGUGCCUCACAUUUGCCAAAAAAUAAAAUUCCAGCCGCUCAGCAAAUAUCCACCCUUGAUCAACGACAUCUCCUUUUGGUUGCCUUCAGAGACAUACUCUAAAAAUGAUUUCUAUGAUUUGGCCCGGACCAUUGGUGGAGACCUGAUAGAAAAGGUUGUCCUACUGGAUGAAUUUACCCAUCCAAAGACAAAGAAGGUCAGCCAUUGCUACCGUAUCAUUUACCGUCACCCAGAGAGGACUUUAACUCAAGACGAGGUGCAUGACAUCCAUCAAGCUAUUGAAGAAUCAGCAGUUCGAGAACUUGGGGUUGAGGGCAGAUUCUAGCAUCCCUGAUCUGAAGCCCUAAUGACAGUAGCUUUCUAUUUCUUUCUUUUUUUCUUUUGUUUUUUGGUUGGGGGCAGGGUGACAAGGAAAGAGAGGGGUUUUGUAACUGAGCCUAGCACAUGGAAAUCGGUUGAUAUAUGGGCAAUGGUAGAACUUCCAGAUAAUAAACAUUACUAUUGAGGAA